UUUGCUCCUACUUCUUGCAGUCCAUGGCAAUAGACGGAAAAGCAAUGGACAAUCUGAAAUCCUCCGAGGCAUAUCAAUAUCUGCACAGCAACCAAGUCGGUUGUGUCAUGUCAUACAGACAUGGUCGUUUUGUUUAUCUGAAAGCAUAUGUAGAGCCUAGCCAGUGUUUGAACAAUGCGUGGCAUAAUGGUUGGGUGCUUGUAACUGAAGCUGGAGAAGUCAAAACUGCGGGAUGUACGUGUGUUGCUGGACCAGGGAGAUCUUGUUCCCACUCAGCUGCGAUCCUGUGGAAGGUAGAAAAUGCUGUGAGACAGGGGAAAACUGGUCGUGCCUGCACAGACGGACAGAACCAGUGGAAUGCUGGCUUUAAAAGAAAUGCUGGUCAGAGGAAAAUGAAGCAUGUGCGCUUCAAACGACACAACAAGAAGGAUCUCUACCACCUGCCUCCAACUUCAGAACCAUCCUCUAGCACUCCAGAAGCGGUAAAGAAGGUGACACCCUUUAGGAGUCAUGAAGAGUGGAGGGACAAUGCACUUGCCUCACCAAUGGCAGAACUUUUCAAUUGCCCUGGGAAUAGCCUCCUGAAGCUCUGCAUUAAUGCUAAUACCUCCUCCAUCAACGACCCAACACCACGUCCAAGCCUCCAUCUCCUUACCCAUGAUGAGCACCACAAACCACUGGCUUGUGUAAAAUGCAAAACCUUCUAUGAUGAAUACAUUGACAUGUCCACAGCCCAGCUUGAGGAGAUUGAGAAGGUUUCAAAAGCACAGAGCAAAGAACAGGUCUGGCAUGAUGCGCGUAGAGUGCGCAUCACAGCAAGCACGGCUAGAAAGGUGCCCAUUCGUUCAACCACAGCACCUGACAAGUUUUUGUCAGAACACUUACACCCAUCGUUCCGUGGCAAUGCUGCAACACGUAAAGGAGCGGAGGGGGAGGAACUUGCAAGGGACUAUUUGGAAACUCUGGGCCACAGCAUUGAAACCAAAGGCUUAGUGGUGUGCGAAAAAGAACCGUGGCUUGCGGCAUCCCCUGAUGGAGUGAUAAACAAAAACAUUCUGUUGGAGAUAAAAUCACCUGUUAUGGGAAACAAGUCACUUACAGAAUUUUUGGAAACAAAAAACUGUGAAAUCACAACUGUGGCAAACGGACAUAGGGUAGAUUACCAUAUUGCCUGCAAUGGUCCAAAAGGCUACUACAUGCAGGUACAAAUUGGGAUGCACUGCACAGGGCUUCAGCAUUCCAAAUUGGUGAUCUGGAACAAAACUGAGCACCUAGAAAUUGAAGUACCCUACGACCAAGCCUUUGUCCAAGGGCAUAUCAUAAGGCUGCGCACAUUCUACUUUACCCACAUGCUCCCUAAAAUUGUUGAUGAUUUUGUGGAGGGAAAGUUACAGUUCUGCAGUAAAUAUCUCAAAGUUUUAAAAACAAAAUAAACUGCCUUAUAUAGGUCUUGUUCACAGGAGCCAACAGGUGUUUGUUGUUAACCUAAUGCACAAUUUACAUUACCUCUUUAUGCUGUGAAAUAUUCAGUA